CGUGCAGUCGAGCUCUAUGGCCAGUACGCUGUGGCCGGGAACAUGCUCCGCCUUCCUGAUGACGUUUACCGUUUUGGUUCGAGUUCCGGGCGUCAAUCCGGCAGCAGCACCCGGAACUUGAGCGUGUACUGGCAGGCAGAGCACGUUACCUGGGACCGGAGGUGUUGGCUGCUGGGCGCCGCGUCGGGGGACACAGAGAUGGGCAGCAACGUGCAGGGAGCAGCAUGAAGCUACGGCCAAGUUAUGAGCGGAAAUGUAGCAGCGAGGACAGUAAUUUAGACAGUAAGAAGACCCUCAUCAUGCAAACAAGCUCUGGACAUGACCAUCAGACUGGAAAUGACGGCUCUUCAGCCAGCCUUCCUUUUCCUGCUGCUCGUCCAGCAGCAGAAGGUUCCUGCAAUACAGGAGAUGUGGCAAUAAAUAUGCACCCAUCAAAUUCUGACAAUGGAACAAGGUCUGCCACCAAACAUGCCAGACCAACCAUACGUCUUCAGAGUCGACAUGGCCAUACACACUCUAAUUCUGAUGACGCGGGUGGGCAAGAAGAGUCAAAUAGCACAGACACAAGAGAACACGGCAACAGUAACUCAGAACUCCUGCAUGUCUAUCAGUGGCUGAAUAAAAGUUUUCCAUAUAUUUUAAUUUUUAGUGCCAAGCUAAUUGUUCAGCACAUGACAGGCAUUUCAGUUGGAAUUGGUCUGCUAACAACUUUUCUGUAUGCAAACAAAUGCAUUGUAAAUCAGGUUUUUCUAAGAGAUAAGUGUUCUAAAUUGCAAUGCAUUUGGAUCCUAUUAUUCUUGGCAGGUUCAUCAGUCCUUUUGUAUUACACCUUUUCUUCUCAGGCACUUUAUUACAGCUUGAUUUUCAUGAACCCAACUCUUGGACCUCUGCAAUUCUGGGAUGCUCUGUGGGUUGUGGGCAUAACAGAUUUUGUUGUGAAGUUUUUCUUCAUGGGCCUGAAGUGCUUGAUUCUGCUGGUGCCUUCUUUUGUGAUGUCACAUAAAUGCAAGGGCUACUGGUACAUGGGUUUAGAAGAGAUUGCACAGUAUUCCUGUAUAGUCGUUUCAACACCAGUUUGGUUCCGUUACCUGAUUGACUAUGGAGAUGAAACUAGUGGCGUUAAAAGACAUUUUGGUGUUUUGUUGGCUUUGCUCUACCUCAUCGUAAAACUUUGUAUUGUUUUUGGACAGUGGAAAGCAUUUGCUGAUAUGGUACGACUGUUUCUCACUCAGCCCCUUCGUGGAACGGCUGCAACCAAAAGACAGUGUUCAGAAGCUGGCAACGUCUGUGCAAUAUGUCAUGGUGAAUUCACCAAGCCAGUAGUAUUUAUAUGCCAGCACAUAUUCUGUGAGGAAUGCAUCUCCAUCUGGCUGAAUACAGAGAAGACCUGUCCUCUGUGCCGAACAGUGAUUUCCAGCCCUAUCCGCAAGUGGAAAGAUGGAGCCACAUCUCUACAAGUUCGCCUUUUCUAGUCUUACCUGUCUGUCUGUAUGCAUAUACUGCUGAACACCUUUCCAUCUUUGCUGUUGGAUUUGGGUUUUCUUUUUAAUUCAUAAAUUUGCUUUAUAUUAAAAAAAAAAAAAAAUUCUGACAAAUUAGAUUUUAGUGGAUUGCUUAUGAAGGUCUCUCCUAUAGCCAUUAAUAAGUUGGGUUUUUCUUUUUGAUUUUUUUUUUUUUCUUUUCCUUUCUGUUCUCCGUAUGCAAUAGUUGUUUAUACCGAAUGUCUGAAGUAAUUUUAUUUUCUAUGCAAAUUAAGGUUAUUUACCAACUAGCAGCAAAGUUCAUGCUUUCACUGGUGCUCUUUUAAAGCUAGCAAUAAAACCUAUUGCUCCAGUUAUCCUAGCAAGGCAUUGUGUAUGGUUGAUGCCUGUUUUAUUUACUUGCGUUCACUGCAUGUAAAUUCUUUUCGGUCAUUGCAGUGUCUCUCCUUUGUUAGGGAGAGAGACAUACUCUGUGUCACCACGGGCAUGUGACAUGCAGUGUGGCUGGUGCUUUCCCAGCAUCAGUGGCUAACCAGCCUUCUCAUCUCACUUUAAAUAGAUCCGAUGAAUUCAAGAAGACAACCUUUUUAAAACCUUUAAACCUUGCUGUUCUCUGUACUGACAUGUUUACAAUGCAAAAUGAAAUCACACUUAAAAAUGUUUUUAUAUACAUAAAUCAAUUAUGAAUUUUUGUAAAGUUUGUAUUAUUGUAUACAAAGCGCAAUGUUCUCUUGUUAAAUUGACCGUAGGAAAAAAAUAGGAAGACUUUCUCCAAAAAGGACAGUAAAUACAUUUAUAUAAAACAUAGGCAAUUUCAUUCAUGCCCGCAUCUGUUUGAGAGGCUGCUUCCUCCUAUUGAAAUGGUAAUAGGCACACACAUAUAAUAUGAUGCUGACUGGUCCUUACCUACCAAUCUUCCAAUCUAUUGAUAAUGCUAUGCAGUUUAUUGACAAAAAUCUAAAACAUAAGUAAGCCAAUACCAUUGAUUAAAUCAGUUCACACAUACAGUAUAUCAACAAAUAAUGCAGGUUUUUAGUGUAAACUUACCCUGACACUAAGGGGAAGACUAAUAAAAACAAGUCUAUACUACAGAUCUCAAAGUAUAUGUAUUUUGAUCCCACUCGGCUAAAACACUAUAGUUUCAGGUCGGUUAGGUAUGAGUGGGAUUAAGUGCCAUUGCAACGGUGUGGAAAUAAUGCCGGUUGCACCUUAUGCUGUGUCAUCUAAUCAUGGAGACUCAGGAUUUGUACACAACCUUGUGGGGCUGAGAAAAAAAAAUCAGCAAGAACACGGCUACAGUGAGUGCUGUAUAUGCGUGCACUUACUUGAGGAGUGAGCAUAAUUGGAUUGUAUCAAUCUCUAUAUAUCUUAUGUCUGUGCUUGCCAAUGGCGUGCACUGUCGGUAAAGUAUGUGCAUCGGCAUAAAAGAAAAUUCUACCAAAGUAGUAAUUUUUCCAGAUAGGAUAGACCAUAGUCGCGUAAGAGCAAUCCUCAAUGAAGCUCAUGAAGGCACACUGAUUAAAUUGGGGAGUUGGUAUCGGGAGACCGGCGUGUGGGACCCCGGAGGUCACCAUAUCAAUCCCGGCCGCUAGAAGGCCAGAAGGGGUGAGCGCAACGGGGCCCCUAGCGGGCUCGCUGCGCUCAUCAUGCAGCAGGCUCGGUGGAUCGCUGCGCUUGCCACAGGUUCUAUUCCCACUCUAUGGGUGUUGUGGGAAUGGUCGCUGUUAGUCGGCAUGCCGAUUGUCGGGCUGGCCAGAGAACGGGAUUCCGACGUCUGUAUAUUGACUGGCGGGAUCGAUCCUGACCGCAGGUCACAUGACUACAUCCCGAUAAAUCACUGGUAUAGCUGCUGAAUUCAGAGUGUCCUUAUUCUGUCCCACUUACUAGUUCAGGGUCCAGCGCCAGACUCCAAAAAGGCAAAACUGAUUGAUCCAAGGCCAAAGAGUCAGCGGAGGGAAAAUGUCUCAACACAUCCCAGCAACGUAGACACACAAUGCUGUAUCGGUGCACAAGUCAGUAGUCAACGUUCUCUCAAAGAGUGACUAUUAUAAGAGUAAAUAGUAGUAAUGGCAGUGUGACAUUAGUUCAUUCAUACAUCCAAUAAAUAAUAACCACUUUUCUUACUCAUUCCCUGUGCUGGAGAUUUCUUCAGAGGUAAAACACAAGUCCAAGUAACUGGGAAUCACAUUCCUGGUAAUAGCUACACAUUAUUUUGUAAACUUAUUGUGAAUCUGUGUGAGCUCAUUUAUUCUGUGCUAUUGUUUUAAUUAUGUUUUGAUUGCAAUAUGACUUGUGUUGAUAUUAACCAUAGAAGCAUCCACAGGAUCUGUUCAUUGAUAUUUAGGAGGCUGAAUAAUAAUCUGCUCUAUAUCAUGUCUAUUGUGUGUCUAUUAUUAAAUGGACAGCCUGGGACACUAAUGUAUUCGAGUUUCUAGUACUCCCCUCCAACACUUUUUAGGCGUUGGGUACUAUAACCUGAGAGAAGCUGACCAUUAACAUUGUGUUCGUGUUUUAUUACUAAUGUACAUUUCUGUGGUACCACCUCUAUAAAAACCAAAGCACAGCCAUGCUGAUUUUUCUUUCUAUUCUCUAAAGUUUGGAACUCUUUGUCUUUUGUUUGUCCUGAGUUGUCACAUUCAUGCUACUCUCUGGCAGCAUUUUAGGAGAUGGUUCUACGUAAAACUGCAGAAUGUCUAUUUUGGAUGGAACGAAUCCUUGCUUUACUAGCUGGCAUCCAGCCAACACAGAAUGUGUGCUUUCUCUUUACUAUCUAUGCUCAAUCUAGUUUCUAUUUAGACUACGAAUGAUGAUGAAGAAAUUGCUUUAUGCAAGUUGGGCAGGAUAUUUUAUAGUCAUUCUCGUUGCCCAUUUUGCGCGAGAAGAUAUUCUGUCUGAAUGAACUAAACUUGUGGAAAUUUACAAAAACAAUUUGUCUUUUUCAAUGCAUGUAUGGGGAUGUACAAAUUAUUUAUAAGAAGCAGUUUAAUAAAAUAUAUUUUUCCCUUUCAA